AUCCCCAUCUCUCUUCACCUGCAGAAGGAGGAAGUCAGGACAGGAGCGAAGCCUAACGUCUUUGCCGUGCUAAAGAAGAUGAAGCAAAGGAAGACGCCUGAUCCUGAGACGGGGUCCUUGUGGGUUAACCCGCAAUCCGAGACCCAGUGCACGGCGUAUGUCUCCAAGUUCAAGCAGAAGCACGGCGAGGACGCCAAUCCAGAGGCCGAGGACUUUGACCCUGAGGUCGCGGUGCUUGCGGGAGAAGGCUUGAAGCAUGGCCGCCUAUGGUUUGGUGACGGGUGCGUCGACCCAGCGAGGGUUCCCUCUCUCCGCCAGAUCCGUCGUGGUCGUAAGAGCGGCCAGCCUGAGGUAGAGCCCCGGCCACGGGCUUCGGAUCUAGCUGUCGAGCGGUUACGGGUAUGUUCUUCCUCGGGUCUCUACAUUUCCUUUACAUGCUUUCCAUUGAAAUGUUAAUGACAUCGCGGCAACACAACGUAGGAG